UUGAGCCUUAAUACUCGCUCUUUCUCUUCUUUCUGUUUUUUUUUACAAGCCUUAUUUUAUAUUCUCUCUUUCGUUCUUUCUUCCCUUCUAUUGUCUUUUCUCUCUCCGAAAGCUCCUCCUAUUUCCAUUAAUGGCCGGGCAAGAUAAGGGUCGGCCUUUGCCAAAAUUCGGCGAGUGGGAUGUGAAUAAUCCUGCAUCAGCUGAAGGAUUUACAGUCAUAUUUACUAAGGCUAGAGAUGAGAAGAAAUCAAGUGGUACAGCUGCAUCGGCGACCAGGCCUCCAUCACAAAGGAAUAUACCAAAACCUGAAGAAUAUCAGCAUCCUCCAUCGAAAAAAUGGUUCUGCUGUUUCUGAAAUUGGUAAAAUGGCAAUGGCUUUGGAGCUACAAAUACACCCUAGUGGUAUGAAGAUUUUCAUGUGUGCAUGUGGGACUGCAAUUGGGGAGAUUUAUGAUGGAUGAAUUUUUUUUCUUUGUCCCUUCAUUUUAGUAUUUUAUAUUGUUUCCUUUUUUUCCAAAUCCGUCCAGAAAUCCCCAUUCUCUGCAUGUUUUAUGUAUAGGAAAGAAAGAUGAUUGCGAAUAAGGGCGCUGCACUUUUCUUAGAUGUACGUGUGUAGAAUUCUUUGAUGACUUAACUUUGUGUUUCAAACUCCAAGAAUUCAAGAGUUUGUCGAUUUUCUGUAA